AUGGCUGGUGAUGGAGGCGCUCUGAAGGAUAUCAAUGAGAUUAAAUCCCAGUUCAGGACUAGAGAGGGUUUUUACAAACUGCUGACCCUCUCGGAUUCACAACAACGAGGCGGACUACCUCGGGGUCUGUCCGCAGGUACCACGGUGGGCCCCGGGGGUGGUUUAGGUCUGGUGCAGGGGCCCGGAGCUGCCUCCUCCUCCAAUGCCGCAGCCAACUCCUCUCCGGCGGGCUUCCUCCCUCCUGUCAGGGUCUCCAUGGUGAAGCUUCAGCCCGAGGACCCGAGCGAAGAAUCCGAGAGAGUGUGUUUUAACAUCGGAAGAGAGCUUUAUUUCUACACCUACACAAAUAUCAAGAAGGUAAGUUGAAUGACGGCGCAUGCAAUUAAUGAAUAGACGACUGAGAUUUAUUAUAAACUAACGUUAGCCAAUUUGCUUUAGUUUGUUGUAGGCAAACCUAUUUUCUCUGUUGACAGUAGUCGCUAUGUCCCAGACUAGUUUGCUCUAGUGGUGUUAAUCCAAAUUUAAUAUCCAAAGAAAUCGUGAACACGUUCUUUUGAGCCAAUCAAGUCGUGCAUUCAUUAUUGUUUUGCUAAGCAUCUAUAGACCACAGAAAAUGUUGCAUGCACGUAAAGGCGUGUAGACGGUGUUGCUGGAACGCAACAAUGUUGCAACAUUUCAGAAAUACAGUUGCAAGGAUGUAGCUGCAUUGAUGUUACAAGUAGCGCGUCAUUUUUGUGACCGCAAAUGUUUGCAUCCAGUUUUACACAACACUUAAUCGUGUAGUUUUUAAUGCAAAAAAUGCCUUAAUGAGGGGGAAUCUCAUUAUAAAACGCUUAGUUCAACUAAUCUCCUAUACUCAUAAAAUGUAUUUUAAACAUGUACCAAAUUGAACUUCCACAAAGGGGACAAACACUGAAGUAGAACACAGAAACAGGGAAACAUUUUUGAAAAGGUUCUGUCUCUUGUUCUUUUUAAAAGCUGCUUGCUCCUAACUCUCUUCCCCUCUGUGUAGGCUGUGGACCUCAGUAAACCCAUAGACAAGCGUAUCUACAAGGGCACCCAGCCCACCUGCCAUGACUUCAACCAGUACUCUGCCAGAGCAGACAGUGUGGCCCUCAUUGUGGGCUUCUCAGCAGGCCAGGUUCAAUACCUGGACCCCAUUAAGAAGGAGACAAGCAAGCUCUUCAAUGAGGAAGUGUGUGUUUGUCUGUCUCUGUUUUCUUGUCUGUGUUUGGAGGGGGGUUGAGCUAUAGCCUAUGUCUUUGUUGCCAUUUGCUUUAUUUCAUAGGAAUAUUUGGAACACUGCAAAUACUUUUUUAAGAGCUCUUCUUUUGAAGUACUGCCUGCCUUCUUGGAGAAUGACGUUCUUAAAGGCCCAAUGUAGCUGUUUUUCUAUAUAAAUGUCAAAUAAUUUCUGGGUAACAAUUAAGUACCUUACUAUAAUAGAUUUCCAUUAAAAUGGGAAAAAAUCGUUUUCUGCAAAAAAGCUAUUUUUUCCCAAGCAAGAAUGUUGCUAGGAAAACUGAAAACUAGCUGUUAUUGACAGAGAGGUUUGGAACUCUAUUGGUCUAUUAACCAAUUUACAGAAUGCUGAUGUCACCAUGGAAAGCCGAAACUACUGCACAUGCAAACCUGCUGAUUAGAAGGUCCUGUGUAGAUAGUAUUUUCAACCAGCAACUAUUAGGAUUUAACACUGAUAACAUUUUUCAUCAGCUGUUGUACAAUAUGAUAUUAAAAACAGAAUUUUGACUGCACUGGGCCUUUAAUUAAAUUCAGAAGACUGAGUGUGACGAUGAAGAGUACCUCUCUUUGCCUUUGCUUGGUUUCUCCUCUGUCAAUUAACCUCCUCCGGCACAGUAGAUCUAAAUCCACUCUCACUGCUGUUCUAUCUCUGUCACAUAGCUCAGCUUUAUACCAACAUGCCUCACUUUUAUCAUAGCAUAACAUAGAAACAAGUUGAUGAUAUUCACUGCCCUCUGUAAUUAUUGGGACAGUGAAGCAUUAUUUCUUAUUUUGGCUCUGUACUUAGUUUGGAAACCAUGACUGACUAUGAUGUUAAAAUGCAGACUUUCAGCUUUAAUUUGAGGGUAUUUUCAUCCAUAUCGGGUGAACCGUUUAGAAAUUACAGCACUUUUUGUACAUAGUCCCUCCAUUAUAGGUGAGCAAAAGUAUUGGGACAAAUUCACUUAUGUGUAUUAAAGUAGUACAAAGUUAAGUAUUUUGUCCCAUAUUCAUAGCACGCAAUGACUACAUCAAGUUUGUGACUAUACACAUUUUUGGGAUGCAUUUGCUGUUUGUUUUGGUUGUGUUUCAGAUUAUUUUUAUUUCAAAUUCAAACUUUUGGAGUAUAGAGCUAAAAUAAGAAAAAUGCUUCACUGUCGCAAUACUUACGGAGGGCACUGUAGGUCUGAUUUUCCGGACAAAGCCUAGUCCUGGACUAAAAGCACUUUGAAUGGAGAAUCUCUAUUGAACAUGCUUCUUUGUCCAGAACUAGGAAGCCGACCCAUAGUCUUUCACUCCAGAUGUCAUUUCAUGUAGGCUGUCGUUUUGUAACACUGUAGUUUAGGAGGACAUAGAACCUCUAACCGUUCAGAUAUUAGUUACAGCUGUUGUGACACCUGGCGUCCUCUUUCAGAUAAAUCUCUUACAAUUGUCACUGAACAUUGCAUAUAAGCAUUUCAAAUGUACCAGUGUUGCUAAUAUCAAAUUCUUAUUCUCAUCACACCCCCAUGUUGCCUUUCAGAGGAUGAUAGACAAGUCCAAGGUGACCUGUCUGAAAUGGCUGCCCAAGUCAGAAAACCUGUUCCUGGCCUCCUACGCCAGUGGCCACCUCUACCUCUACAACGUGGAGCACCCGUGUGGCACCGCCGCCCCGCAGUACUCCCUGCUCCGCCAGGGCGAGGGCUUUGCAGUCUACGCCUGCAAGACGAAGACGCCCCGAAACCCGCUGCUGCGCUGGGCCGUGGGCGACGGAGGCCUCAACGAGUUUGCCUUCUCGCCGGACGGCGUGCAUGUGGCGUGCGUGGGCCAGGACGGCUGCCUGCGCGUUUUCCACUUUGACUCCAUGGAGCUGCAGGGCGUAAUGAAGAGUUACUUCGGCGGCCUGCUGUGCGUCUCCUGGAGCCCCGACGGCAAAUACCUGGCCACGGGCGGCGAGGACGACCUGGUGACGGUGUGGUCGUUCGCGGAGAGCCGCGUGGUGGCCCGGGGACACGGUCACAAGUCAUGGGUGAACGUGGUGGCCUUUGACCCCUUCACCACCAGCCUGGAGGACGAGGAGCCCAUGGAGCUGAGCGGCAGCGAGGAGGACCUACAGCAGGGACCGCUGCACUUUGGCCGCGUGCGCACCAGCAGCACGCUGUCACGCCUCUCCCGCCACAGCUCCAAGGGCGGCUCGCCCUCCGUCACCUACCGCUUCGGCUCGGUGGGCCAGGAUACCCAGUUCUGCCUGUGGGACCUGACGGAUGACGUGCUGUACCCGCGUUUGCCCCUGUCCCGUGCCCUCACCAACACCUUCGGCCCCACCAUCCCCCCCUCUGUCAGCAGCACCAUCAACAACACUACAGGUGGAGGGAGUGGAGGGGUAGAGGGCCACCAGCACCCCACCACUAACCCCCACCAGCCCCCCACCAUGCCCCUGCCUCUCCCCCGCUCCCUUUCGCGCUCCAACUCCCUCCCCCACCCCGCUGUGGCCAACGUCUCUAAGGGCCAGAGCACGACGGAGAGCGGGGGAGGGAGCGGAGGGGGCAACGCCACCCCCUUCAGUAUCGGCCGCUUCGCCACGCUCUCCCUGCAGGAGCGUAAGUCGGACAAGUCUGGGGGGAGCGGGGUGGGCGGGGAGAAGGAGCACAAGCGCUACCAUAGCCUGGGCAACAUCAGCAAGAGCAACGACAAGAUCAACGUAGCGCCACGCAGCAGUCGCCUGGACGCCGCCAAGGUGCUGGGCACCACCCUGUGCCCGCGGAUGCACGAGGUGCCCCUGCUGGAGCCCCUGGUGUGUAAGAAGAUCGCCCACGAGAGGCUGACCGUGCUGGUGUUCAUGGACGACUGCAUCAUCACCGCGUGCCAGGAGGGCCUCAUCUGCACCUGGGCACGGCCGGGUAAAGCGGUGAGUCCUGCCCCCAGCGUCCGUAACGUUACAGCAGCAAAACAUCUAUCAAUGAAUAAUGCUCUGUAGGCUGUCCUAUCAGCUUUUUAGUUUACUAGUUUAUACUCCCAAGUUAUUUUAUAGGACUUCUGCCCUUGAGAGUAUUUCUGGAUUACUUGCCAUGACUCUAACCUUUCUUCCUUUCUCUCCCCCUCUUUCCCCUCCCUGAUGCUGCCUGCCCCCUGCCCCCUCCUCCAGAACUUGACAGCACAGAACGGGAACUCUCCCAGUGGCACGGUGGUAUAG